AUGGGGUCCCCCUUCCUUCGCCGCCCAGGGGGACUUGGGGAGCGUUUCUCUGGGGCAUUUCGUGCGAUUCAGAUGGUUGGUGAUUUGCUAGAGGCUUCACUGGUGGGAACGGAUUUCACUCUCCUUUUCAUUGGUCUCAAUCAAGUUGGUACUUUCACUGUUUAUGAUGCUAUCAUCCAAGAGUUGGGGCCCUGCAUUCUUUCGAUGGAUGCCCUAUCUCGUGUGAUCCCAUAUGAAGGGCCCUAUGCUGACUUCUCCGUCAAGGAGGUCUGUGCUGGCAUUGGCGGUAUCGGCACUGGUGCCCGUGCACUUGGUGCUCAGGUGGUUGCAGUCCUUGACUGCAAUGAGCUUGCUUGCUCCCACCUUAUCCUCAACUUGGACGGCAAUAGCAGUGCUCUUUGUCGAGAUCUUUGUGAUGAUUCGGCAAAAGGAGAUUUACACAUUGCUGGCGGCCGAUCGGCAUCCAUUUUGACGGCUGGCUUCCCGUGCCAACCACAUUCCACACAAGGAAGUAGGGGAGGCUUCAGGGAUCCACGUCACAAGGUUUUCAUUGAAGUUCUCAGAACGGCCUAUCUUCACAUGGUAGAUUGUCUUGUUCUUGAGUGUACCCCACAAGCUCAGUACGAUCAUGGGGUUCGGACCGGACUUGACUUGUUAGCUGAAGUGAUGGGGUGGCAGAUUCAUGAAACCACACUUGUUUUGUCACAUCAGUGGCCUUGCCGUCGUCACCGUUGGUGGGCCAUUCUGUGCCCAGCCGAUUGGCACACUACGACACUGACAAAAUGGCCAGAAGAUCGCAGCCAUCAACAGGUUGGCACUGUGGUGACCCGCUGGCGUUGUUGGCCGGAAUCCCAUGAGUAUGACUUGCAGCUUACUGAGACUGAGUAUGCGGCGUACAACUCUCCGCAUUUUGGCGAUGAUCAGCGGUUGCUCACUGCUGCAGACAUGGCGCCCACCUUUUUGCAUUCCUACGGGUGCGCACUUCAGGCGUGCCCUUGUCAGUGCCGUGACAUGGCCUUCUCGGAGGAGACAUUGCGCACUCGAGGUCUUCGUGGCUGCUAUGUGAUUUCACAGUUUUUGUCCACACCAAGAUUCUUGCACCCCAUGGAGUUGGCGGCAUUGCUGGGAUUUCCAGCCACCAUGAGCCAUCUUUCCUCCAUGAGGGGCAUGUUGUGCCUGUUGGGGGCAGUGGCCUCACCACUACAAUCAUUGUGGGUUUUUGCUUGUCUUCGUUCAAUGAUGCAUGGCUCCAAUGCGGCGGACACUCAAGCUUUUGCCCUGCAGGCGCUGCAGGAGUACAAGAUCCACUUGCUGCAGGGCUAUGAUCAUUUGUGGGGCUCCACCUCGGCAGUGCCGAGACCUUUGCGGUUGUGCACAUCUGACCAGGUGGAUAUCAUCAUCAUGGUUUGCGGCUUGGUCACUGUGGCUGAGAUCCUCUCUGCAGAUGCCUUCGCUCAUGCCCCUGGGGCGCAACAGAGUCUUUGUGAUGGCUCACGCUCUUUGCCCCCAGGCCAAUUCUUGUUGCAGCAUGGUGCUCAUGGACCUUACCACUUGUGCAUGAUUCACCCUGGACAAGCCGUGACACCGGCACAGGUUGUGGUGGGCAUUGAGCAUGCUUCUCAUUUGCAUGUGACAUUUUUACCUCUUGGUGGAUUUCUUUUUGAGGCUUUGCAGAGCUGUGGCAUUUCAGCCGUCCAGUACCUUUUUGAUCGACUGGGUCAUUGCUAUGGAUUGGAUUAUCGGGUGCAAGGUAGUCUUCGCCUGACCACUCAGCCACAUCCUGAUGAUGGGACCACGAUGGCAUAUGGACUUUCAUGGCCGGCAGCACUUGGCCUCAAUGCGGAGAUGGUUUGGUUCUACAUGAACAGCCUACUUGCUCGGCAUGUAGGGUUGACCAAGUCUUGGUUGGUGCUUCCACCACUUUGUGCCAGUUCUUCUCGACAGUUUCCAUUUUUGCAUCAGCACUGCUCGAUGGAAUUCUUUGCUUUGCCUUGUCCCACAUUGGUAUUGUGCAUUUGCGCUGUCGAUCAGCACUGGAUUCUUUUGACUGGACUUUGGCAUGGCUCCGGCCGCAUUUGGACUUGCUUUGAUGGACUUCAGCCUCUUGCCGGCUCGGCCAUGGUGAAUUGGGUGAGAUCUUUUGCCCGUUCACUGGCGAUGACUUUGCAAGAAUCAUUUGAGGGCCUUCGGUGUGCUUCUUGGAUUUGCCAAUUUCAUUCACACACCUGUGGUUCAGUUGCUCUUGGUCACUUGCUUUGUUUGCUUGGCUGGGUGGGCAUUUGGACGCCCCAAUUGGAAUUGGCCUUUCAUCAAAGCCUUCUUGAUCAACAAGCUGGGGGCUCCUUCAUGGCUUUUGGGCGAUCAGCAUCCGAACUUGUCGAACAACUGGCUACUCUACUUCUUGACAAGGGAGUUCCAGAUGCGGACGUUCAACAACGGGCGCAGGAUGUGUUGCAGACCUUGGGUCAUGCGGCCGUGACUGAAGCUCUCGGCACCUCUAAUCCAUGGGCAACCCUCAAAGGUUUGGCAUCUCGCCCUUCUACCAGAAUGCGAUUGGUGAAAGAACAUGAACUCAGAGCUCAUAUCAAUCAACAGGCCACCAAGAAACAUGGGGCUCACAUCCCACGGGCGAAGCAAAAGAAGCAGACCUCGCAGUCUUCAUCACUUCCACCAGUGGAUCCUGGAACACUUCAAUUGGUUCCCAAUACUUUCGUGGAUGAUGAUGGGGAUGCCAUACCUCAAAUACCCUUCCAUGAGGUCAGCAAGGAUGCGCAUGGCAUUGCUUUUUGCACACAUCGGCAAGCACAGCCCUUCAUUGAUGCCCAGGACAACAUUAGCUCCACCACCUUGGGUUUGCUCAUCACCACUGAGGUUCCCCUGUCCAUUGGGCAAAUGACCAAUUUGACUUCAAUGCGCUUUCCUGCACUAUGCUUGGCCACCGAUGAGCCAUUGCUGAUCCAGGGGUCGCUGCUUACUUUGAGUGAUGGUGCAAUUCAUCGACAUGAGGUUGACACUCCUGAAUUGUCAGUGUACAGCACGGACAUUGUGAAGGUUCAGAUCCACAAGGAUGAGAUCAACAUGGAUUGGCAGCAGGUGGUUCGGGGACCCAUUCGUGCGCUUUUGCAACUCUCCCCUUUGUUUCGCCUAUGUUCUGGGAAACAAUGUGGGGCAGAUUGCCCCCUGUAUCAUCCGCCAUUGGAUGAAGAGUUGCCUGGCUUGAUCUUGGACAUUUGGGCUCGCAACUUCUGCAACCUCAACGGCAAGACCACGAAGGCGGACCUUGCUGCCUAUUUUCAGGUGCUUCUCCGUAUCCCAUCUGUGGCUUUGGAUCAUGUCCUGCGCAUCAAUGUCCCCGGAGUUUACGUUGAGCCUAGAGCAUCGCAGGAGCGGGGUCCUCAUCCGGACUACUGCGUCAUUUGGCUCCCUGGACUUUCAUUGGAGCAGGCCAUGCACAAGCUUCGAACUUGUGAUCAUGGACUUUCUUUGGCCAAAAUGAAUCAUCGCUAUGGAGUUCGGGUGCGAGCACUUCAUGAGCAAGCCACCCAUCAAGCACUCCGUCCUGAUGAGGAGUACGUGGCGGUCCAGAUCAAGCAGGUCUACACCAUUUUCCCCUUGCCACAUGGACUUUCCAGACAGCAAGUCAGCAAGUUACUGACGGCAUGGGGUUGGCGGGCCAAACCGCUGCAAACCACCAAAGGCACCAAUCAAGGACAGGGUUGGUCAGUGGGCUCGGACAAUCCUCCUCCGAGCAAAGUUAUGCGGGGCUUUGACCGGGAUCUUUUGAUCACGUUGCAGAAAGAUACUUCAUCUUCAUCUUCCACUGCUUCAGUGGUGGCCUCGCAGCGAACCAAACGUUUUUUGAAGGAAGGGGCUCUUCAGUCCACCAAUGAGGAUCCGUGGCACAAUGGCGCGGAUCCAUGGGCUAAUCAUAGACCCACUACGGCUGCCACUCCUUCGACUUCGGCACCAGCGCGUCGUUUGGAACAGUUGCAGGCAGCGAUUCGUGAAGAAGUUCAACAGCAAGUCCAGCAAGCUCCUCCUGGCCUUUCACCCAGCCUCACCCCGCCAGACUCGGUCAUCCAGCAGCUCCAAGUGAACAUCACUGAACUGCAAGCUCAAGGUGGUCAAUUCCAACAAUGGUUCCAUGAAGCUGGACAGCGUAUGAGUGCCAAUGAACAACAGCUCCAGCAUCUUCACACGGUUGUCGAACAACAAGGACAACAUGUUGCCAAACAGAUUGAUAUGAUCCAGCAGGAAGUCGACAACAAGACUCAAAUCCUGCAAAGCUCCCUGCAGGGAUCUUUGGCCGCGAUGCAACGAGACUUUGAUGUAUCCUUGGACACCAAGCUCUCCAAUCGAUUCGAUCGUAUUGAAUCGAUGUUGGCCAAGAAGCGAGCCUUCUUUCCUUGGUUGCUUUGGAUUUGUCUCUUCAUGCCCUGGGCAUGGGCCAAUGGAUUGCAAUUCUCUCACGUGCCGGACACUUGGACUUUCUCUUCUACAGCUGCGAUGGACUUCGACACAGCUGGCCCGGGCACUCGCCGCAGUUCCUCCUGCAACUACUGGUCCCAGCUUGGAUUUUCAGCUGGUGGAUUUCGUUUUGGUGAAGCUGAGCACCCGGGCCCUGGUGGUGCUCCGGAUGGCAGCACUUUGGGGUCCCCUGACUCCCUGGAUUUUCAGCGCCUGCGGGUUGGAACUUGGUCUGGGGUGGGGGCCAUUUCCGACUUUCCUUCUCAAGAACUUUCUGUUCCUUGGCCAGAUGGAGAAAGAGAUGCUGGAAGGGUCAUGCUUUCACGGCAUUUUGUUGGUCCCACGCCAUUUACUGUGGCUUCCAUUUAUGGAUUUCCUGCGGGUCCCACCUGGCCUCGUAACCGUAGUCUGACUGAGCAACUGCUCACUACGGUGACCAAAGAAGUGGUGCUCGGCACCAGUGGCUGCCGCAUCAUCCAAGGGGAUUUCAACCAACCUGCGGAUGGGCUUGAUGCCUUUCAGAUCUGGCGACACUAUGGCUGGGUGGAGGCACAAUGUUUGGCAAAGGAUCUGUGGGGGCGUCACAUCGAAGCCACGUGCAAGAAUGCCUCCACGGUGGAUCUGAUGUGGCUCUCUCCGGAAGCGGCAAUGCUUUGUGUUCAAGUGGGCACCAUGGAUGUUUUUGCGGACCACCUUACGGUCUAUGCUGAUUUUCAGCUUCCUUUGCGGGCCAUGACAAUCACCCGCUGGCCUUUGCCUUCCAUCAUUGAUUGGACCCAGGUGGACAUGGAUCGCUGGCAACAUACUUGCGCUGCUGAUCAUGGUCCUCGUUUUGCUGGGGGUGAUCCUGAUGUUUUUUUGGCACAAUGGGCGCAUCAUUGGGAAUCCACUCUUCAUGGUGCCAUUCAAGAUCAACCAGAUGGCCGGUUGCCUUCUCGUUGUGCUGGCCGCGCUCAACGGACCAAGCCCUGUCGAUCACCUCUACUUCCUCCAACCGCCAAACCCUCGCGGCAGGGAGAAGUUUACCUGCACAACAAUCUGGUUUCCAUGGCAGUGCAUAAGUGGUUCAAACAGUUGAGACGCUUGCAGAGCUACAAACAUGCCGCCAUUGCCAAUAAGCAGACCUUGGAUGCGGAAUGCUACCGACUUCACCUUUGGCAUGCUAUCAAACGAGCUUCUGGCUUUAGCUCAACUUUUGCUCAGUGGUGGAACAAUCGUCACCACAAGACGCCUGCGGCCCCAUCCCAAUUGCCACUUGCUCCACCAUCGGGGCUUGUUGCGGAUGCGAUUUUCUUGGACUUCAAGUUGAACUUUGAGCGUUUCGAGCGAUGGCAUUGCCGACAGAAGGGCAAGCUGCUGCAGGCAAAGUAUGACCAGACUUGCAAAGCGCUCUUUAGAGAUCUUCGGGAUCCUGGACGAGGGCAACUGGACUUUUUGUGGGAUACCACUUGUUUUGCGGUGCUUGACUUCAGCUUAGAAUCCAAGCAGAUCCAUCUAGAUCAUCCAUGCACCUCGGGUUCAUCUUGCAGAUGGUUUCUCAAUGGCACGCAGCUGCAGGUGUUGGACGCUGAUGGGGAUUUGCUCACUUUGGAAUCCAUCCCUGGCACUUUGGAGGUUGGUGAUGAACUACAGCAGGUUCGGUUUUUCACCUCCUUGGGUGAGAUCCACCAAGCGAUGUUGGAGCUUUGGCGCCCGAGAUGGCAGAAGGCGUCACAGAUUGGGACGGCGGACUGGAAUCGAAUUUUGGGCUUCAUUCAGGCAUUCAUGCCUACACUGCAGUUCCCUGAUCCACCGCUGGCUAUUUCUGCCUGGAAAACUAUGCUGCGAAGAUUUCCUCCUCGAGCUGCACGAGGGGUGGACGGCAUUGCUGUGGCGGAUCUGGCUCAUCUUCCAGAUUCCAUCACCCAGAACCUCUUGGAUUUUUUGGGGCAGAUCGAUGGCAGUGCUUGCAAGUGGCCUUCUCAACUUUUGUUUGGCAAAGUUCUGGGUUUGGCGAAACAGGAACAUUCACAUCUUCCUGCCCACUAUCGACCGGUGGUGUUGAUGAAAUCACGGAUGGUUUCCUUGGACAAGAAGUGGGCUCGUUUGAAGCGCAGUCGGGCUCCACUUUAUCAGAAGAUCCUAGUUUUGCCAGCUUCGUUUUGGGCGGCAGCGCUUCAUGGUGCUGUGAUUUGCCCUUUGCCAGAUGGUCAUUUACAUGCUCUUCGAAAAGCUGCCCAUCGUGCGUUGCAUUUGAAUCAAGCAGGCGCCAAUGCUUUGCUUCGUUUCUCUUUGCAGCCCAAUAUGAUGGCGGAUCCGGGCUUCUAUUACGUUGUCAUGGUCAUGAGCACAUUCCAAAGGGUGUGCCGUCGCUCGGCCUCACUUUUGGAUCUCUGGCGAUGGUGGACUCAAUCUUUUGCUGGCGACCUUCAACAAGGCCCAUUCAGCGUGCUGAUGCAGACUCUGAACAGUGUUGGCUGGGCUGUCCUUGACCCUCCUUUGGUACAAGACCAUUUGGGUGAUGUGCAUGACUUCAUGCUUCUGGAUGGCUCACUCAUGCGAAAGAUGCUGCAAGAUGCCUGGUUGUUGCGGGUUUCUCAACAAGUUCGACAUCGUCCCACGAUGCAACAGCUGACCGGCAUCGACCGCUAUAUCACCGUUGAGAGUAAUGGCGGUCUCACUGCACAUCAGACUUCGCUGCAAUCUGCCCUUCAGAGCGGUGCGUUUAUUGACUCUUGGGUUCAUAGCAAAUAUGAUAUGACUAAACAGGGUCAUUGUCAGUUGUGUGGGUGUCCUAAUACUCAUAGCCAUCUUUUGGUUUGUCCCAAAUAUUCCAGUUUACGGGCUAAGUUUUCUUUGACCAGCGCUGAUUUGCUCUCCUGGCCUCAAUGUUUUUCACUGCAUUUGCUCUGUCCACGUUCACCUUUCGUGGAUGAUUUGCGAGCCUAUUUCUUGCAGUUGCCAGACACCACGGCACUCUUUGAGAGCAUCCCAACCGGUGAAGAAAUGGAGCAUUUGUUUACUGAUGGCUCAUGCUUUGCUGAUGGCAGAUGGGAAGUUCAUUGCGCGUCAUGGGCUGUCUUCAAUGCCAAUAGCCAACAGGCGGUGGCCACAGGAUGGGUUCCAGGACUGGCGCAAACAAUUGGUCGAGGAGAACUGAUGGCCUUGGUGGCGGCGCUCCGUUGGGCACUUCGACAUGCUGUGCGCACGCACAUUUGGAUGGACGCCAAAUUCGUCCAUGAGGGCUAUGAACAACGCCGCCAUGGUUUUGUCGGGGACCUCUCAGACACACAUGCGGAUCUUUGGCUGCAGGUGGAACAGAUGAUUGCCGAGGGUGUGGGCACUCUUGCUUCUUCUUCAUGGAUACCCUCACAUUUGGAUCCUUCGCGGUGUGAAAAUCCCUUUGAAGAUUGGGUUGCCACCAACAACGGCAAAGUGGACCUUUUGGCAGUUCGCCAAAACCUUGCACGUCCAGUUAGCUUCUGGAAUCUUGUCAUGCGACAAAACCAAUGGGAUCAACUGUGGAGAGAGCGGCUGCAUCAGCUUCGCCAAUACUACUUUGGCAUCUUCGAGCUGACGCAUGGACCCAAUGCGAUGAAUGAGAUCACAGUGAUUGAAUCAAGUGACGAUGACGAAAGUGAGAGCAGAUUGUACAGUUUUGCAGACAUUUCGGCAGGGCGUAGCACUUCGCCUAAACACCCAGCUGCGAGCCGAUAUCAAACAGGUAUUGGCCUUUUUCACGGCUUCAAGGCCAAUUCGGCGGGCAGCCGACAUGGCGAGGAGCUGAAACCUUUGCGACGACGCCUGACAGAUGAAGCAGUGACCGUCUUUGGCAGCGAAGGGAAGCGCGCUGAGUGCGACAAGCUCCAUGAAGCCAAAGUGCUUUGUGCCUUGGCGUUGCCAUCGAUGGUCGAUGCCUGGGGAUGGCAAUGUGCUCGCUUACGGCAAGGCCGCAGGUCGGAGCCGGCAGAGCUGGCCCCACAUCGGAUUCUGCUCUUCAGCCUGGUGCGACAAAGGGCGCGCAGGCACCAAUUCCUCGAGCAACUUGAGCGCUUUCCAGCCCUGCUGAGCCGGGUCGAGUGGGUCCGAGCAGUAGAUGGCUCCGCCUUGAAGCUGGAAGAGGUCCCAGGAGAAAUCGUGGACUCGGACGGCAUCAAGGACGCCCUGACACAGCACCCCCGUGUGCUGGGCUACGUCUUAACGCGCGGAGCCAUUGGCCUGGCCUGGACGUGGUUUAAAGCCUUGGAUGCUAUCCUCAAUGAUCAGGAGCCACAGCAUAUCUACUUGAUCUGUGAGGACGAUGCCAGGUUCUCGCCUCAAUUCCCGGAAGACUUUAGGGAUCUGUGUCUUGCGGCCGACGCGCACGAUCCUGACUGGGAGGUUCUUCAUGUUGGAUACCAUGUGGCUUCCACUACAGUAAGGGGCUGCGGCCAGCCCUGCUGUGACGUGGAUCCUGCCAGUUGCCCCCUGGGUCGACCCGGUCAGCUCUUUGGCGCCUAUGCUGUGGCCUUGCGUCCACGGGGGGCUCGGAAACUUCGAGAGAAGCUCUUCCCUGUGAAUCUGCAGGUUGACACCGAACUCUCUCGCUUGUAUCAGGGCCUGGCCAAGGGCUCGGGCAAUCUGCAGGCGCGCGUGCAACAUCGCUUGGAUCGCAGUGAUAGACUCCGAGUCUAUGCCCCGCGGUGCGCUGGCGAAGCCCAGGCCUCGACGUUUCCACGAUGGAAAGGUCCCUUGGUGCUGGCGCCAGGUAGCAGGGCAGAGUCCACCGACAUCCAGGUUCUGAGCGCUGAGAACUGGACCAUGCAAUAUGCCAAAAAAUCGGCUGCUCUUGGAGAACUUAUCAAAGGUGAGGUGAUGCCCGUGAACAGUUUGAACCUGGAAACAUGCUCCACCACCGUGCAGGGCUCCACCUUCGAGGUGCCCAAGAGGUAUCGGAUCGAUGAGCCCAUGAGCCAUGGGGCCUAUGGCAUUGUCGUGUCCGCCGAAGAUCAUGAGCUCGAAGACAAGGUCGCGCUGAAAAAGAUCGAAGGCGUCUUCGAGCACAUUACCAUUGCCAAGCGCACCUUGCGGGAGCUCCGGAUCCUUCGGCACUUGCAGCACGAGAACCUCAUGCAGGUGAAGAACAUCUUCAUGGUGGGUUCCAGAGAAAGCUUCAAGGAGCUUUAUGUGGUGUCCGAGCUGAUGGAAACCGAUUUAGCAUCCACUCUCAGGUCAUCGCAAAUGCUCACCGACGACCAUUGCCAGUUCUUUUUAUACCAGAUCUUGCGUGGCAUGAAGUAUGUCCAUUCAGCUCAGGUGAUUCACAGGGACCUGAAACCCAGGAACCUGCUGGUGAAUAGCAACUGCGACUUGAAGAUCUGUGACUUUGGCUUGGCGCGGGUACGAUUCUCCGACAAGGAGUGGGUUUGCCCCAUGACCGAGUACGUUUGCACUCGAUGGUAUCGAGCGCCUGAGGUGUUGUGCUCCUGGACGGAUUACUCUUGCGCAAUUGAUAGUUGGUCCAUUGGCUGUAUCUUAGCAGAGAUGCAGACACGCAAGCCCCUUUUUCCAGGGCGCAGUACCCAGAAUCAGCUGGAUAUGAUCAUCGAUCUCUUGGGAUCGCCGGACUCGAAGGAGCUGAUGAAAAUUCCCAACGAGAAAUGCCGGAAGUUUAUCAAGUCGUUGCCGGUGUAUUCAUCCAAGAGCUUUCCAGAGGUCUUUCACAUGAUGCCUGAACCUGCGCAGGACAUCCUCCGGAAGUUGGUACGUUGGGAUCCGGAGAGCCGCCUGAGCGUGGAGGAGGCCAUCAUGCAUCCCUACCUCGACAAACUGCACUGCCCGGAGGACGAGCCGACCAGAGAUCCAUUGGAUACCACUGACUUUGAGUUCGAACGGCGGAAGAUCACCUUACCCGCCCUCAGAGAGGAGAUCUUCAGAGAGGCGUUAGAGCAUCAUCCCGACAUCAAAGAACAGUACGAGCAGGAGCUCAAGGCUGGGAGAGAAAAGCAGCACGACAUCACUCAGUACCGGCUCUUGGUGCCCGGGGAGUCUCAGUACUCCUCUGAUGAAGAGUCCGGCGAAGAUGUUUGAUGUCGACGCCAGUGAUGCCACACCCCUAAGGGUGCCCAGAUGUGUGAGUCGACUGUGAAAUGAGG